AAGGAUGACAGUGUCUCGAGAGAGCCCGGAGGAGGUACACGUCGGCUGUGGGGCUUCUUAAGUUCUCAUAUUCCUGUCUAUGCACCGAAACUAACCAGAAAAGAUGCUACCUCUCCGCGAGUGCCUCGUGCUGGGAGCCAUCUUUCUCUUGUGCGAUGUCUCUUCUGCGGCGAAGAAGCCCCAGAACCAAGACGUUGCGCAGCUGACGGAGGCGCUGACGACUGCGCUCAAAGAACUAGCGAAUGUGCGAUUCACCUGCCCUCCGCCCUUCACCCGGAUCGUCAAUGAGUGCUUUUACUUCAACCACAUCCACCCUAUGCUGACCUGGGAAGACGCGCGCUACGUGUGCCAGAGUGCGGGAGGCGACCUGGCGGAACCCGAGCAUUUUGGGGCCUUGUACCUGUUCCUUUACACGCAGAGAAUCUCCAUGCACAUGACAGAAGGGAGCGACCACCGGCUGCGACUGGGUGCCAGGGUGGACAACACUGGGACGUGGAAGUGGGUUUCCGGGCGGCCCGUGGAGGACGUUAUAUGGCUGGACGACGAAGGCAACACGACAGAGCUGUGCAUGUCUCUCGUCCUCAGAGGAGACGGUCCCCCUGCUCUUGCGAGGGACGAUUGUCAGGUGGCACAGUACUCUGUGUGUGAGCUUCAAAUAUAAACUCCUUUUAUUAUGUAUUCAAACGUUCCAAACUUAUGUUUCUCAUUACAUUUGGCUCUUGUUGUUGACAUUUCCCUCUCCUAUUUUCCCCAUUUUUAUUUACAGCUCUUCUUCGUGGAUCUUGUUUCUGUAUUUUGAAUAUAUAUCUUUUCAGAGAAACAGUUUGUACUACUUAAUAUAUUUCAGCUUUCUGAGGAAUACAUGUCAGGAUUAUACUUAAAAUCGAAAUGUACUGAAAUGUAAUGUGUUUCUAUUCAGUAAAGGUAUCUAUAGAA